AUGAUACUUCAUAUCCCAGAUAUCCUUAGAGUUGGAGCAGCGAAAUACUUUGGACAAACCAUCCUAGGAGGACCUUUCCACAUAAUUGUUAUCACAUAUGCUUGCAUGAUUCUGGUAACCAUGGUGAUGCGUCUUACCAGCACUACUGGUGAGGUGGUGCCCAUGUCCUUUGCCCUGGUACUAGGAUGGUGCAAUGUCAUGUACUUUGCACGAGGCUUCCAGAUGCUUGGGCCCUUCACCAUCAUGAUCCAGAAGAUGAUAUUUGGAGAUCUUAUGCGCUUUUGCUGGCUCAUGGCUGUGGUGAUACUAGGCUUUGCAUCAGCUUUUUACAUCAUCUUCCAGACAGAGAACCCUGAAAACCUCGGGCAGUUCUACAACUAUCCCAUGUCCUUGUUCACCACCUUUGAGCUGUUUCUCACAAUCAUUGAUGGCCCUGCAAACUAUGACGUAGACCUGCCUUUUAUGUACAGUGUGGUAUACUUUGCCUUUGCCAUCAUUGCUACCCUCCUUAUGCUCAAUUUGCUAAUUGCCAUGAUGGGUGACACCCACUGGAGAGUGGCCCAUGAACGAGAUGAACUCUGGAGAGCCCAGAUUGUUGCUACUACUGUCAUGCUGGAACGAAAACUGCCACGGUGUCUCUGGCCUCGCUCUGGAAUCUGUGGGCGGGAGUACGGGUUAGGGGACAGAUGGUAUCUCAGAAUAGAAGACAGAAUUGAUCCCAACAAACACAAGAUGAUGCGAUUCACAGAAGCAUUUAAGGCUCAUGAUAGGGAUAACUGUGACAAAAGUCUGGAAAAGCUGGAAGUGGAUAGGAACAUUCUUUACAAGAAGGACGUGUCCAUUCCAUCAUUGUCACGAGGCACGUCUAGGACUAAUUCUCAGAGUGGCUGGGAGAUCCUGAGGCGCAAUACUUUCCACCAACUUCAUGGAGAAAUCAAUCAUGCCAUGGAAGAAGUCUAUGAUGUCUAACCUUCUUUAUUCAUUCCAGAGCAUGAAUUGUAUUUGCCACAGCAGUUGUCUUCUCCAACUGUUCAUACACGCUCCAGCAUGCUACAGAUUCAACAGCCUUGAAGAGCUCUGCCAGCGCAUCACAAAUUGCUCAUGGUAUCUAUGCUCUGAUAUAUAGAUUCAGUCUUUCUCUCCUACCUUUUAGGUAUCCCUGCUUUUGCAUUAAUAUUUGUGUCAAUUUGGUUGGCUUGUUGAGCUAAGGCCUGUGGUAGUUCAUAAUGCUUGUAAAACCCCACAGAAGUGAGCAAUAGAAGCCAGCACUGGAAUUUCAACAAUUUACUAAGAUGCAGUCAGUAAUACCUCUCCCAGAGUGUAACAUAUAUGCAGGUCACUUAAAAAAUUAUGCAUCCUGUUCAUUUCCAUGGAAAAUAUAACAGAUACAAAGACCAUAAUAAAAUUGUUUGACAGAGCAAAUUCCCAGCUACAAAUGGUAGCUUCAUAUGUACUUCUAUGUUAGACAGCAUUUUGUUAGACUGCCCCUCUGCUAUUACCUGUCACACAGCAACAAAACGUAAUGGGUUGUUGGUAGGAAGGUUCAACCUUCUCUGCUGUACCACCAACAUCUGCCUCUAACAUAGUGAGACAACAUAAUAAAAUAGGAAGCAUUACUUCUAGAGCAGCUCUUGUAAAAUCUUUCCCUCCAUUCUCACAGUAUCCCAGUGCUCUCAUAGCAAAUACAGCUGGCUGAAGUACUGUUUUAUGAUUUGACACAGAACUGAAAAUAAAGUCCAGCCAAACCCUAUAACUAUGCUCAGGAAUGAAGGUAGUCGCUGACACUGUUGAUUUAAAGGCCUUUAACCUUUCCAUUGGCAUUCAAGGCCUGGCAUAUAUUGGUCUCUGAAGAAUGGAAAAUUAUAUUAGCUGCGUUUUCAACAUUUCUAUUUUAUCAGGACUGUUCUGUUUGUUUGUUUGUUUUUAAUUUUAUUUAUUUAUUUUUGUCAUAUGAAUGCACUUUAAGCUGUAUUGCUUUUUAAAAGAAGUGAUUUCUACUCCUGGGAGGAUCUGAAGGAUCUGAAGUGGGAACUUUUUCCUAAUGAGAGGAUAUAAUAAGAUGAUCUUUGAAGAUGUCUACCAACUGAACUCUUUCUCUUCCUCUCCUCUUCCUCUCCUCUUC